AUGUCGCCUACCGCUGUUGAGUCAACCUCGGCCGUACCCGUCCCGACCAAGGGCAAAGUAGCGGCGCCUCUGCAAGUCACCGGGGCACUGAAAGACUUUGAGUCAGUUGAGAUCAGCCCAAGCAUCGGGCGCGAGUAUCCCACAGCAGAUCUUGCAGAAAUUCUCAAGGCUCCCAACUCUGACGAGCUCAUUCGAGACUUGGCAGUGACCAUCUCUGAGCGCGGUGUUGUUUUCUUUCGUGCCCAAGACAACUUGACCAAUGAUUUGCAAAAGGAGCUUAUUGAGCGGCUCGGCCGGCUAACCGGCCGGCCGGCCGAGUCGGGCUUGCACGUCCACCCGCUGCUGAACCCGGGCCGGGAGCUCGGGGGCGACGACCCCGAGAUCAGCGUCAUCAGCUCCGUGCAGAGGGAAAAGUACUACACGACACCCACAAUCGAUGGGCUAAGCGGCAAGAAGCAGAUCACUGCGCAGUGGCACAGCGACAUUGCUUUCGAGCCGUUCCCAGCCGACUACUCCUCGCUGCGCCUUGCCCAGCUUCCCAAAACCGGCGGCGAUACUCUGUUUGCAUCUGGAUAUGAAAUCUACGACAAGCUCAGCGAGCCGUACCAAAAGUUCCUCGAGGGUCUCAGCGUGACCUUUGAGCAGCCUGGCUUCGGCAAGUCGGCUGCCGCCCACGGCUUCGAGCUCUGGGACAAGCCGCGCGGCAACCCUGCCAACGUUGGCACGCAGCUCAAGGCCAUUCAUCCCGUCGUCCGCACGAACCCUGUGACGGGAUGGAAGAGCAUCUUCCCCGUCGGCGGCCACGUCAAGCACAUCAACGGCGUCACGGAAGAGGAAAGCACUCACCUGUUGAACUGGUUUUUGGACAUCGUGUACAAGAAUUACGACUUGCAGGUCCGAUUGCAGUGGAAGAAUCCCAACGAUAUCGCUAUUUGGGACAACCGUAGCACGUUCCACACUGCAACCUUUGAUUACGAGGACCAAGGCGAUCGGCUUGGUAUUCGCGCCGUCGGCGUUGGCGAGCGCCCAUUUUUCGAUCCCCAGAGCUCGUCGCGACAGGAGGCGCUUGCAGCACGCAACAAAUGA